UUUUUCUUGGGAGUGUGUUGGUAGAAUUGUUUGGGUCAAAAAAUUGAGAAGAAAAUUCAGAUUAUUCCUUUUAUUAAGCAAUUUACAGUGAGUUUUUGUGCGUGAAGACAUCUAAAAUUAAACAAUUUCGAUGGCUGGAGUUAAAGAUAAAGCGCUUAUACGGUGUCUAAGCAAUUGGAAAAUGCCUCGAAAUUUCUCACCAAAUCACCUUUAUGCUCGCAAAGAUGGAUUUUAUGUGACUUUUCAAGAUAAAAUCGUGAAAUUCAGAGGUGAUUGUAAGAGUUCCAGAAAUCCAAUAAUUGAAAUUGCUUCAAACGUUGAAUGUUCUUUGGCAACAAUUGAUGCCAGAAAGGAUGUAUUGGGCUCUGCAGAGUGGCAGAAUGGUUGGGUUGCAUUGAGAAAAAACAAGAGAGAUUACAGCUUUAAUUUUUACAGUACUACAGGGCAAAGUCAACGUGAAAUUAAUCUUAUUGAUUAUUUCGAAGAAGACUUCCUUCAGGAACAGAUGCUCACUAAAAGCCAAGUACUUGUUAUCACAAUAACAGCAACAAAUAUGGAUUUUUUGGCCAAAUUUCUCAACAUCGAUGCAAGUCCUUGGCUUAUUGAGAAGGAAAUAAUUUUAUUUAAUAUGGGAAGUUCACUGAAUGUUUUAUUGAAAAAUCAGGAAGAUGAAUGGGAUGUUUCUAUGAUUCAGUCUUAUCCCCAAGAGAUAAAAUGUCUUUGGUAUUCAGAGAAUUACAAUUGUCUCUGUAUCAUGACUUCCUUCAGUGUUUUGAAAGUGUCCUAUUUGGAGGAUAACCAUCUCCGGGAGGAAAAUAUUUAUCUGGGGAAAAGGUACUUGAAUGAACCCAAACUUCUGCGAGCAGAUGAAUUGAUUGGAAUCUCAUGGACAUCAAUUGAAAUUUUAAAUUUAGUAAAAGAGGAGACAUUUAGGCUUGUGUCUGAGAAAAUACCUCUUGCUGGAAUUGUAGAUGGAAUUUUUCAUCCAAAAUGGGAAUGUUACUUGGCUGUGUCGGAAAGUGGAUUUUUCUAUGUGUUCUCAAAGAGAGAAAAACCUCCAGAAGAGGAGAAAAUUCGAGAUAAAUGGCGAAGAAAUCGAGGAAAAUUUCGGCAGUAUAUUACAAAACUCAUGGAGGGUACAUCAAAGAUCGUAGCUGAGAACAAGCAAGAUAAGGAUAUGCUAAAUUGUUUAGGAUUUUUGAAGAACUUCUUUGUAAUAACUCAUGAGGUCAGCAUCAAAAUAUGUGUAAGACCGAGUUUAGACAGCAAUGUCGAAUUGAAAAUUUCUCCAAGCCAAAAUAUUGUCCAAAUGGACUUUUCCAAACAAUCUCAAUUCAGUAUCUCUGUGUUCAAUAAUAUCUUCAGACAGAAGUUCUCUCUAAAGCCAAACACUGACACUUAUGCCUUCAUCCUUCCUGAGAAACUCCUUAUGGAUUCACCAUUGAGAAUAGACGUAUCAGCAGAAUUUUCUCUCGACGAAGAACACUUUUGCAUGGCAUUCCCUUUGCAAGUUUCCUUUGUCGUUGAAGAAGCAUCACCCGGAAGUCCUUUAAUUAAUUUCUACAGCAAGCUAGAGGCCCUCGAGAAGACAUCAGUGGAAGAGUAUGCCAAUCAAUGGACGCAUAUUGAACAAUUGAAUGAAAAGAAACUCAGCAAACUCGCCCUAAAUCUCCAUAGAAUGAUACAGAGCGAAAACAUGCCAUCGAAAAGCCAGCUUCUUGUUUUAUUUAAAGAAUUGAGAUCAAAAGAAGAUGGAAUAUGAGAAAAAAUUGAUGCAUUUUAUUUUUUCUUGCGAUCUUGAAAGCAUUUCGGGCAAAACCAUUUCCCCUUGGGCUUAAUCGUCAGACCAACGCAUGCAAAGUGGAACCACUCAAUGGGGCAAUCAGGAUUGUCACAUCCAAUCAUCUCGCCAUAUGACACCUGAUGACACAGGCAGUAUGUAGGCUCAUUAGGAUCUACAGGCAUGUCUAGUACAUCACUAGGAUGAGGAG